CUGCAGGUUUAAUCACUAUUUGGUCCUGUGCACUCAACUGGUGGAGUGCUUCGGUUUCCACUUUACUAAGGUUGGAUUUAACCCAACCUAUUCUAUAGUUUUUUUGAAAAUAUUCGUUAUCCAAUUGUGUCAAAUUGGUGAUUUCAGGAGGAAGCUGUGCAGUAGAGGGAACCCAGGUGGACUUGGGAAUAAAGGGAAGGUGAACAGAGUCAGGUUUGUUAUUAUAAUAGACAGCCAAUUUCAAUUUCCUGUGAUAAUUUUGCAGGUCAAGUUUAGUCUGGUCUUUGAGACAUUUGUGGCUAGACCUGUGGAGGGAGGGAAUAAAAGUUAACCCUUUGUUUAGCAGCAUGCUCUGUGCUGCUGUCAGUCGAAAGGAUUCACAUAAGUUAACCACUGUGUUUAACCCUGCUUUGUUUUCACCACUUACAGGGAAAUGGUGUUUAAAAACUGGACCCAAUGUUGCAGCAUGCUUUCACCUGUUUGUCUGGUCCAGUGAAUGAAGUCACUCUCCACACGAAAGCUGCUUCUGGAGAGCUGAGGGAUGAAAAUAUAGUUAUCUUCAAUGUACAUGUUCAAACGCCUAAGAUUGUCCUGUUCUGCAGCUGGCAGAUGCCUGCUAAAAUCCAGCAGGACCACACAGAUCUGUGCUUUGGGGAAGGCUGUUUCAGCCAUUUUGAAUGCUCUGUCCAGCUGUGGGAUGGUCACUGUGUCCAGGUCUUUGGCCCGGUUGUUGAUGCCAAAGGAGAGCACCACUUUUUCCACCGACAUGGAAACUGGUGUUUUGGCCAAAAUGCUCUCAGCAUGUGCAAAUGUAGCCCCUGGGUAGCUGUCCACUUGGAUGUGUUUGUGGGAGAAAGCAGGGAUUUUGGAUAAGUUGGAGUCCCCUAAAAAGACCCAUGGUCUCCUUGGCUCCAGCUUCCAAACCGUGUCCUUGUUGGUGGUCUGGGCGUGCCUGAAGGGUCUGUUUUCAGGGCUGGUUGGAGCAGGUGGGGAUGAAGUGGCCAGGGGUGCAAAUGAGAGCGUACUCUGAACUGGGGGUCUGGAUGAGGAGCCCGUUCUCACGCCAACACUGUGUAGGGGGGUAGAUGAUGUGUUAUCUUCUGUGUUUUUUUGUUGCAGGUUUGGGAGCCUGCGUGGAGGCCUCUGCUGCAGUGGCGUGUCCAGGACCUGGAUCACCGGCGAGAGGGCAGCAGGCUGACCUGUCGUCCUGCUCGCUGCUUGGGCUGGAGGAGGAAGAGGAGGAGGAGGAGUGGGGGCUGGAGGCUCUGGGUCCCGUGGUGGAGGUGGUGGCCCCUCAGUUCCUUGUGGGGCCAAAGGUCGUGCUCUCACCACCGUCUCAGGUACAGUCUGGGUCUGUUGGGUCUCCUGGGGUUGCCCCAAAGGGCAGGUUUGAACAGUAGCCUCUACUCUAGCAUAAACUGUAUCUAGGAGUUCCUGGGACAAUUUUCUGCCAUAGUGGCUGCGUGACCAAGCAGCCGCUAUUUCAAAGUUCUUUUUCCAGUUGCCUGCCUGUAGUUGUUGCAAGAUCUGGAGGUUGUUAUCUAUAUUUUCUUUAUAAUGGCCUUCCAGUGUUGCUAGAGUCUCAUGUUCCCAGAUUUUUGCAUUACCCAUAAUAAUGUUCUCUGUUGUAGGGUUUGUGUCAGCUGGUUUGAUCGACUCAAUAAGGGUCUGGGUCAGCCUGGCUAUGGCAGGUUUGGACAAACCUCCCACCGUGCUGGUGUGUGUCCUGCCAGCCCUGGCGUUGUUGUGCCUGCUGUCCGCUCCGCUGAGGCUCCUGGCCGCUCCGCUGCGGCUGCUGCUGGGGCCGCUGCCAGCCCCGUUGAGCGGUCCCUCCGCGCGGGGCAUAAUUUUGCGUUCGGCGGUUCUGCUGACCACCAUUGUUCUGGCCCCUUCUCUGGAUUCCAGGAAGGCCAGGCUGGAGGUCAGGUGAGGUAAGUAUCAUUUAAAGGUUCCCA